CUUAAAGUGGACAUCAUAUAAAGAAGUGAUAAUUAUAUAUAUUGUAAAUAAUUUGAAAAGCAUUCAGUUCAAUCUUCGAGUUAAUUAAGUAAACUGUUAACUGAAAAACAACUGACUGAUCGGAGUUAUUUCACUUGGAAACACACCAAAGCAAUAUACAUAUUAAAAAAAACACAAUUGAUGAAAAGAAUAACUGAAUUGGACUAAAAAAAUCGACAACUCCUUUUUUGGAAAUUCCCCGCUUAUGGAACCGAAAACACUGAAUAGCACUUAUGCUGAUGACUAUGAUCAUAAUGUCGAUGAUAAUAACAGUAACAAAAAUAUUAGUAGAAUGGAAAAUGGAAGUAUAAUUGUGUAUAACACUGAAAUUUUAUCUAGAUCUAAUCAACAAUUAUUUUCAUUGGAUGUUGAAUCUAAUACUGAUAACUUGAUGAAAGAAGAUUCUUCAUUGAAAUAUGAUGAAACGAAUAAUAUUUUAUCAAAGCAUAAAUUAAAUUUCAAUUUAAUGCUUUCAAAAUAUUCUAAAUCUAUUCAUUGUAAAGAUUCCAAUUAUCAUCAGUCAAAUUCUUCUAUUCAUGAACUAGAUACUACUUAUGGAGAACUAGAUAAAAGUAGUAUUCUUUUUUACAAUGAUUAUGAUAAGGAUGAUAAUUGUAAUGUUGGUAUCAACUAUGGUACUGUUAAUGAUAUGAUAAUUGAUGAUAUUAGUCAUAUCAUUGCAUCUAUUAAAAGUGAGUGA